AGGAGCCCACCCACAUUCAUCCAGGCUCUUUCAUCACAAGCUGGCUGGGCCUGGUGUGUACGACGCCGUUUCCAAGGUUUCUUCUUUACUUUCGUACAGUAUCUUCAGAGCCCUGCACUAGACAGACUAUUUGAUUUCUCAACCUUUCUUCUUGUAUAUUCUCUUCCUAGAAUUACCUUAUCUCACUUUCCCCGCGGCUCUUACUUUCAAUUGUUCGUCAUUCUUAUGAGCUUAUAUCGCUAUAGUCUGCUUGAACCCCCUAUAAACCAGAGUCCUUCGUCGCUGCCGCAACCGAUACCGUCACCAUCGCACAUGUGGUCCUAAAUAGAGUCUAGAUUUCCGCUUCGACUCUCCUCCUCCCUCUCCGUCUCCGUUUUGAGCAUCGACUAUCGAACCGCAAUGGACGCCGAUAUCUUCGCACGAAGUGGCGGCCUCGGCGGCGACCCGAGCGAUCGACCUGGAUUCUAUAAACCCGUUGGUAUUGGUUUGGCUGUUGGGUCUGGUGUCUUUAUCGGUAUCUCUUUCGUCCUAAAGAAAGUCGGAUUAUUGCGCGCCAACGAGAAAUACAAUGAGGUCGCUGGAGAAGGAUAUGGAUACCUCAAAAACUUCUACUGGUGGGCGGGAAUGACACUUAUGAUCAUUGGCGAAAUCCUCAACUUUGUCGCAUAUGCCUUCACCGAUGCAAUCCUCGUCACUCCUCUGGGCGCAUUGUCCGUUGUUAUCACAGCUAUUCUUUCAGCCAUUUUCCUCAAAGAGCGCCUCAGCAUGGUCGGAAAAGUUGCUUGCUUCCUCUGCAUUGUCGGCUCGGUUGUUAUUGUUAUGAAUGCUCCCCAUACAUCAUCCGUCAGCGAUAUUCAAGAGAUGCAGAAAUACUUUAUUACACCAGGAUUUCUCACCUAUGCCGGCCUUAUCAUAGUUGGUUCUAUCGCCACUGCACUAUGGGCUGGGCCAAGAUAUGGUAACAAGAAUAUGCUGGUAUACAUCUCAAUCUGCAGUUGGAUUGGUGGACUCAGUGUCGUCUCGACUCAAGGACUGGGUGCCGCCAUCAUUGCUUGGAUCGGGGGCAAACCUCAGUACAAGGAAUGGUUCCUAUGGGUUUUAUUCGUCUUUGUCAUUGGCACAUUAUUGACUGAGAUCAUUUAUCUCAACAAAGCGCUCAACAUCUAUAACGCAGCCCUCGUUACCCCGACAUAUUACGUCUACUUUACCAGUACGACUAUUAUCACGUCAGCAAUUCUUUUCCAAGGUUUCAAGGGCACUGCCCAGUCUAUCGUCACCGUUGUUUUAGGUUUCUUAACAAUUUGUUCCGGAGUAGUGUUACUGCAGCUCUCAAAAUCCGCAAAGGAUGUGCCCGACGCAGCAGUCUUCAGCGGCGACCUCGAUCAGAUCCAGACUAUUGCCGAGCAGGAACAGCCAGAGUCGGAACCCAAGGCCGAUGCCAUCCGCGGAGCCGCUGCCAUCGUGCGACAGAUCUCUCAGCGACGACUUAGAAUGGAAGCCGAAGAGCUCAAGCGACUCCACGAGGAAAAGAUGAUGAUGGACACAAUGGACCCUAUCCGAGAGGAUGGACAGCAGCCGGAGUGGGAAUGGGAUGGUUUGAGAAGAAGACGAACAAUGACUUUCAGGACCGGAACGAUUAGCAGCUCUAGGGCAGGAUCAGUAACAUCGCCUCCACCACCGAUGCCGCCCACCUCACCCCGUUUUGCUGUAAGACCAAGCAGUCCAAGACAACAUCCACCUUUAGGCAUGUCGCAGUUCCCACCGGUCGAAGACGGAGACGAUAGCGACGACGACAACAACCGUCAGGAAACAAACACACUCUUCUCUAGCAUUGCAGGUACCAUCCGAGGUAGAGCCCGAGGCUUCACCAACUUCUCAGGCCGACACGCCAACGACGAUCAUGAAGACGAUAAACCCCGGCCCCGCAGCCCGAUGCACCCGGUCCCCCUGACUGAGAUUGCCGUCCCCCGGGAUAAGGCCGACGAAGAACACGCCGCUUACUAUGGUCAAACUCGGGAGCACGAGUACAACGGACAGGAUACUGAGUACCGAGGGGCGUCAUUCCGAAGUGGUGACAGCCUUGCGCCUCCGACGCCCCCGCCUCAUGGACAACCUCAGGAUACGACACGACGUCAGUUUUCAUUCCAUAACGUUUUCCGGCGGCCUCACUCAUCGUCUAGAUCAACAUCACACGUCGCGGACCCAACGGAGGAAGAGCGGGCCGGACUCGUCAAGGACGAUAGCCAGCCGGGCCCAUCUUUUCUCUAGGGGCAAAUCCGAUGGGUAAUGUCAGCAUUCGGGGUGGUGCUUUGAGUAAGAAGGGGGAAAACAUGCAUUUGCACGGCGCUAUUGGUGUUCUUUUCUUUUGGACUACUGGGAUCGCUUGGUUGGGUUAUUCGGUUGCAUAGCGAUUGUAUAAUGUCGUCACGCCUGGGUUAAGUAGGGUAUAGACAUGUCUUGGACGGAGCGCGAGCUUGAUGACUACCUUUAUAUACAAAACUGCUGUGGGACAUGAUGGCCAGGUCAGUGGAGGAUAGGAACACGACAUGAUGAAUAAGGAUCAGUUGUAUACGUUAAAAACGUAUUAUUUAUGAAACGACUGGCUGCAGCACUGAUAGCACGAGUGACCGUGGAAGAUUAAGAGGAGAAUUGCCGUUAUUACUUUCAUGAAUUCGUUCAAAACGUUACGCUAUUCAAGCCCAAAGCAUCUCUGGAAUAAGUCUCUGAACACCUGAAACUCCAAGCAUUUAAUAAGAUUUUAAUCAAAAGACCUCCGAUCCGCUGAUUCCCAACUCUCAUCGUCAUUUGCUUUUUCUACUACCAAUCAGCAGCCCAACCGUUCUGCUCGAGGAACUCUUCGCACGCCUGCUUCAACGCCAGGUUUGGCCGUAGCUCAGAAGGCACAAGUGGCUCGCGAGUGAGAGGAUCGCUAUGGUGUCUGUUGAGGUGCUCCAUGAUAGACGCGCGCUCGUAUGACUUUCCAGUCUUGGUCUGUACCUUGUUAGCAAGCAUGGCAUUCGAUCGUGGUGAGGAACUUACCAUGACGGGAUCAACCAUGAAUCCAAAGCUGAUAUCGUCAAUGGCCCAGUCUGGAACCUCUCUCUUCUUCUCACUAUCUGCCCUUGCUCUCUCAAAGAUCUCUUUCAUCCUCUCAAUCUUGGCAUCGCUCUCCUCCUCGAUUUCCUGCCUCACCAUCCCAUCAUCCGUCUCGGCCAGCAUAGCCUCUUUGUCCUUUGUCAAUAAUUCAAGCAUCUCCCUUUCAAGAUUUUGCGAUUCGCGAACCCGCUUCUUCUCAAGAUCGUCCCAGCGCUCUUUCUUGCAGCGAAGAACGAGAGCCGUCACAGCAGCGAGCGAGCGAUCCCCCGUGGCGGCGCACAGCUUGUGCGCAUGCAGAGCGUUCUCAAGCGCAGCGUCAUAGUCGCGAAGAGCGAUCUGUGCUUGCGCAAGGUAGUACCGGGCCUUCAUGUUGUCUGGCGUUAGCUGCAAACAAGCCUCGCAGUCGGUGAUUACUGAGUCCCAAUAAUUAAGCUUAAGACGGGCCAUGGCGCGAUUAGUGUAAAGAGCUGGAUUUUUGGGGUCGGCGAUGAUGCUAUUGCGAUCUUUGUCAGAAUAAGCUCUCUCUCUCUCUAAGCUGUGCUGAUUAUAUAUGCUCACGCUUUGGAGUAGAGGCUAUCGGCGCCGACGUAGUCCCCCGCCUGGAAACAUUUGUUUCCUUCGUUCUUGAGCUGUAGCGACUUAGACAUGUUGAGUCAAGUGCAGUGCGUGAGACUGGGGGGUGUGAGUGGUAGUGAGAUGUGGUAAGAUUGGACAGUAAUUUAUACCGUAAUAGAGGAUUCGUUACUGUAUUCCGGAUGCUCGGACAAGAGGACCCCGUAUCUAUAAAGGCGCUGGCUGAUAUUAUGAUGGCAAAGAAAAAAGGAGAAUAAACUGCACAGCAGAGAAAAGAAAAAGGAGGAACAGAAUCAAGAGAAAUCGCAGCGUGAAAUGUGCAGAAAGCGAACGAGCUGUGAUGUUCACUCUAGAAGACAGAAGCAGGGAGUUACUAGAAACAGCGAGCGAGCCACAAUGACACAUGUAGGUACGUUACGUUAAGUUUAGAGGAGAGAAGGGCAAAG